AAUUGAGAAGUUUUCUGUGGAUCAGCAAUAAAACAGAUACAAACAAAAAUGAAUUCUACAUUUCCUUUUAUUCAUAGCUGUGACCUCAAUCAAAAAUUGCAGAUAAAAAUAGGAACCCUGGAAGGAGAACGACAAGCGCAGCCAUAUGAAAAAUUAUUGCAACAGCCAAUUCUCAAGUUUUCCGGACUUAAUUCGGAAAAGUGCCCUCCACUUAAAGUAAGUGUUCAAAUAUACGACGAUGGUAGAAGGGUUGGUCUUCCGGUUACCUCUUCCUAUAAGAGCUUCUUGACUAGAUGGAGCUGGAACGAAUGGCUGACAUUGCCAGUGCUAUUCAGUGACCUGUCUCGUCGUUCGGUACUGGCAAUAACAAUAUAUGACUGUGUAUGGAGUUAUAAUGAUGCAACAAUUGUUGGUGGUACAUCUAUAUCUUUGUUUGGAAAAACAGGAGUAUUCCGUCAGGGUUUAUAUGAUCUGAAAAUUUGGACAGAAGAAGAAGCUGACGGUAAUUAUCGUCCGAAGACUCCCGGGAAAUGCAACGACUCAUACAACAAUCAAAUGCAGAGGCUGUCCAAGCUAGCAAAAAAGCACAGAAACGGGCAGAUCGAAAAGGUGGAUUGGCUAGAUCGACUAACCUUCAGAGAAGUCGAGGUGAUCAACGAAAGAGAAAAACGGGAUUCUGAAUUUCUUUACCUAAUGGUAGAAUUUCCACAUAUAACUGCAGGAGAUAAAACGUGCUCUGUUGUAUACUAUGAACCAGAUGGUGAUAAUAAGUUUCUGUUUGUUUCCAAACCCAAAUUGGUAACUGUUCCUGACACUGAGAUAUUACAAGACAAUUUAGUCGAACGGAAACAUCAUCGCUUGUCGCGAUCAGCUAGAUCGGGUUUAUCUGAUCGGGAUGCAAAACCUACGGCAAGUGUACGUGAUUUACUGCAUUCCAUCGUUCACCGAUAUUCUCCAACAUCCAUUUUAAGUAGCGAAGAACAGGAUUUGAUAUGGAAGUAUCGCUUUUAUCUGAGCACUCAAAAAAAAGCUUUAACCAAGUUUUUGAAAUGUAUUAAUUGGGAGACAGGCACAGAAGUCCGACAAGCGUUGGCUCUACUGGCUAAAUGGGCGCCCAUGGAUGUGGAAGAUGCGUUAGAACUAUUGAACUCAUCGUUCAACCAUCCAACAGUAAGACGUUAUGCGAUAUCAAGGUUGGACCAAGCAAUGGAUGGCGAUUUAUUGCUAUAUCUACUUCAACUCGUACAGGCGCUUAAAUAUGAACAUUUUGAAGACAUUAUCAACUCUCACAAUAAUCUCUCGUUAGAUAAAGAAAUACUGAAACCAGUUGAAGAUAACCAUGUGGAAACCAAUUUAGAAGUAUUUAAUGAAUCUGAUGGGAGAACGUCCAUUUAUGAUGAAGCCAACCACGAGGUGAGGGGGUCAACAUCCACAAAGAACACCGACAAUAUUUCGAUCCCGAAUGAUUCAAAUAUAAAUCACUGCGAGGAUGUAUCAGUACCUUGUAAUCUUGCAAUGUUUCUCAUUCAACGAGCAUGUAAAAAUUCAACAUUGGCCAAUUACCUGUAUUGGUACUUGUCAAUAGAGUGUGAGGAAGAAACAGUUCGGAAGCAAGAUGAACGUGUUCGAAAAAUGUAUCGUACGGUUCUACAAUUAUACCUUCGACAGCUUUCAACAGGAACCCCUGAAUUAAGAACCAUACACCGCAGUCUGAAAGAGCAACAAAAGUUUAUCGACAGUCUUGUAAAACUUAUAAAAAUUGUGGCCAAAGAACCAGGGAAUCGCAAGAAAAAGACCGAAAAAUUCCAAAUGUUGCUUUCUGACACUGAUGCAUUGAAAAUUAAUUUCACUAAAUUCGAACCGUUAUCAUUUCCUCUAGAUCCGUUUGUGCGUAUUCGUGGAAUUGUAGCAGAAAAAGUGACACUUUUUAAAAGUGCCUUAAUGCCAUCAAAACUAACAUUUUUGACAACUGGUCCAACGGAGUAUGUUGCAAUAUUCAAGCACGGCGAUGAUUUACGACAGGAUCAGCUUAUAUUGCAAAUGAUCACAUUGAUGGACAAGUUGCUACAAAAGGAAAAUCUAGAUUUGAAACUCACACCGUAUCGCGUACUUGCUACUAGUUCCAAGCAUGGGUUUAUGCAAUAUAUUGAUUCGAUAACAGUUGCCGAAGUUCUGAAUGCCGAGGGUAGCAUUUUGAACUUUUUCCGUAAACAUCAUCCGUGCGAAACAGGACCAUACGGAAUAGUUUCCGAUGUAAUGGAAACAUAUAUAAAAAGCUGUGCUGGCUAUUGUGUGAUUACUUACUUAUUAGGCGUUGGGGAUCGUCAUUUGGACAACUUACUUCUGACCAAUUAUGGUAAGUUAUUUCACAUCGAUUUUGGCUAUAUUUUAGGCAGAGAUCCCAAGCCGAUGCCUCCACCAAUGAAACUGAGUAAGGAAAUGGUAGAAGCAAUGGGCGGUCUGAAUUCUGAAUACUAUCAAGAAUUUAGAAAACUAUGCUAUACCGCUUUUCUUCACCUUCGGCGACAUGCCAACGUUAUGCUGAAUUUAUUUGGUUUGAUGGUAGAUGCAUCCAUUCCGGAUAUUGCCUUAGAACCCGACAAGGCUGUUAAAAAGGUAGAAGAUAAUUUACGUUUGGAUCUAUCCGAUGAAGAAGCUGUGCAACAUUUACAAAAUUUACUUGACCUUUCAAUAACGGCCGUGAUGCCAGCUUUAGUGGAACAGAUUCACAAAUUAGCUCAAUAUUGGCGAAAAUAAUUAUAUUCAUGUAUAUUUAGUCAUCAUCAUAGAGAUUUUCAGAAAUAU